AUGAGGAAUUCUGGAGCUGUUAUAAAAGCUGUACUGAGCUGGGUUUUAUGGUUAUCGAUAAUCAUAGCCAUUAGUGCCUCAGAUCCAUAUCCUCUGCAGGAUUUCUGUGUGGCUGAUUUGCGUAAAGGAAAUGUGACAGAUAAGGGUAUUGAAUGCGAUGACCCAUACGGAGCGGGUACCCCGGAAUUCAUGGCAACGGGGCAGGGUAAUUCCACCAGCAAUUAUGGGUUCAACGCCACAGCAGGGAAUGUGGAGGUGAACGGUUUUGUAUGCAAGGACCCAAAGACAGUAGAGGCAUCAGAUUUCCUGUUUAGAGGACUACUCAAUCCACUGUCAACAGCCGGUGGCCUUGGCUUCAAUGUCAUUGCAGGUCAUGUAGAUAAUUUCCCAGCCGUAAACACACUGGGCAUAUCACUGAACCGUGGAGAAUUUGCCCCUGGUGGUUUGAAUCCCCCACAUAUUCAUCCUCGUGCCACUGAGAUCAUAUUUGUAUUGGAGGGCACUGUUUUGGCCGGUUUUGUCACCACAAAUAAUAAGUUGUUCUCAAAACAGUUGGAGAAGGGAGAUGUGUAUGUGAUACCAAAGGGCUUGGUGCAUUUUCAGCAGAACGUUGGGAAAACACAGGCUACUACAAUUUCUGCACUUAGCAGCCAGCUGCCUGGAGUUCAACUGGUUGCAUCUGCUCUCUUUGGAGCCAAUCCCCCUAUUCCUCAAGCUGUGUUGGCUAAGGCAUUUAACAUCAAUGACCAACAGCUCGUGGAAUUGUUGCCUAAUAAAAGCUCUUCAAAUGCACCUGCACCUGCACCUGGAGCUUCACAUACACCUAUUAUAAGCUAUUAA